GCGCCCCGGGUGGGCUGAGCGGGUGUCGGUGGGCCGGGCGUUGGAGCGUAAACGCGUCCUGCGGUGUGAAAGCCGUGUGCUUCUGGGCUCUUCUCAGCGCAGCCCUGACUGCUCUUUUGUGCCAGCAGGAAUGGCGAAUGCGUCGGGGUUUGUCGUCAAAAAGGCUGUGAGGUCUCACCCAGCUGUCGGCGUGGUUAUCGGUGCUGUUUGUUUCCACGUUACAGGGCUGCGUCCUCAAGCAUCGCUCUUCUAAAAAAUAUUUGCUGUGUGCUGUGAGUCAGCGGUGUUGCACAGGCUGUAAUGGACACUCAGAAAAACGCUACCAUCCCCACUGUGUGCAUACGUUCAGGCUGGGGGGAACGCGGCCUGACCAGCUGUACAGUAAAGUGUACACGUGCAUUUUGAAUAAGGCUGCACUGUGGUUUCCUGUCACGUUGCUUCUGUUCUGCAGGGAGCUUCCUUUGGCCUCUCUGUGCGUUAGGUGAAAGGCUGUGGAUUCAGUGACAGGUGGUGCAGAGAUCUCAGAGAAGAGGGAUCUUGUAGCUAAAGGCUGGAAAUUCAACGGAUACUGUGUGUAUCUGCCACAACAGUGACAGGAUUUGGACCCAAUCAAGAGGAGAGAUACCCAAUCUACAGGAAUGCCAUCUGAUUGGAAGAUCUGCUUUGAAAAUCUCUUCUAAACAAGAUUGCCAUGUUAGAAUUGAGGCUACUGUGCCAUGAAAGGGAAAGUGUUUGAGGUCUGCUGGUUCACAUCUAUGUUUGACUCAGAUUUUCACAGCCUUUACAAAGCAUGAUUAUUUUUGACUCUGAAAAGCUCAAGAUGUCCAGCAGGCAGUAGGAGCAGAGACUGGAGCUGAAAGGACUCCGUGCAGGAAAUGACAUUGCCAGACCUACAGAGCCCUCAAACUAUGUCAAGAAAAAGAAAGCUGUUGGCUCAAUUAAGUGCCCUCCAAAGCAACUCCAGCAUCCCCCCUUCUGAUGCCUUGAAGAGCCCCACCACGACUCCUGAUGGGAACUCUUCUCCAAAAAGCAGCAAAUAUUUUGUAACAGAGAAAAAACAAUCUUCCCAACUUGAAGCAGAUUUCUUCAACCAGCCCUGUAUCAGCCUGGCCAAAUCCUUCCUGGGACAGAUUCUAGUUCGCAAACUUCCUGACGGCAGGGAACUCUGGGGGAGGAUUGUUGAAACAGAAGCUUAUCUUGGUGGGGAAGAUGAAGCUUCUCACUCCAAAGGUGGGAAGCAAACUCAACGGAACGCAGCCAUGUUCAUGAAACCAGGAACUCUGUACGUGUAUCAGAUCUAUGGGAUUUAUUUCUGCGUGAACGUUUCCAGCCAAGGGGAAGGGGCUGCAGUCUUACUCCGCUCUCUGGAGCCUCUCCAGGGUUUGGAUGUGAUGAGGGAGCUGCGCAGCACUUCAAGGAAAGGACCUGCAAAGCCACUGAAGGACUGGCAGCUGUGUAAUGGGCCCUCCAAGCUCUGCCAAGCAUUUGGGAUUGAUAAGGCUUUUGACCAAAGGGACCUGACUCAAGAUGCAGCCAUCUGGAUGGUACCUGGACAGGAGCUGCCAGGGGAGCAGGACGUGGUAGCCACGACCAGGAUUGGUAUUGGGAACAGAGGGGAAUGGUCACAGAAACCUCUGAGGUUUUAUUUACGGGGAAACAAAUUUGUGAGUGUUGUAGACAAGAAAAUGGAGCGAGAGAUGGCAGGAAUGGAACCCAUCUCUUGCAGCUGAUGAAUCUUGCAAGUGUGCCACCAACCAGGACUUGAGCUGUGCUCUUUAGGAGAGUCUCAAGCCAUGUUGGGGCAGCAGCAAGGGCAGCUUGGAGGUUUUUAACAAUAAACAUACUUUAUUGCAGCAAGGUGGAAUUUUAUUCAUGGGGCAGGCUAGAAUGGAUCUCCCAGCAGAACUGAGGUUGGAUUUGAGCACUGAAAGCCACUUUCUCCCUUGUGAAUGGAUCCAGGCUCUGGUAAGGUGGAUGACUAGUGAAGGGUCACUGCUUUGACCUGCUGUGCUGCUCCCCUUUGUGCUGGCCCCCAGGAGAGGCCAGAACACUUGGUUUCUUCAGUGGAAUGCCAAAAGAGUGGGUGGCAGUAGGGCUGACAGAAACUAUGGGAGAGCUGGGUUUGAUCGGACUGGAGAUGAGGAGGGGAAAGAAAAAUCCUGCUGCUGACUACAGCUGCCUAGUGGGAGGGUGCAGAGAAGGCAGAGCCAGAGUUUUGUCAGAGGUACACAGGGACAGGAUGAGAUGUAAUGGGCACAAGCUAGAAAACAGGAAAUUCUCAUUAGCUAUAUGGAAAACUGUUUCACCAUGAGGGUGGUCAAAUGCUGGAACUGGGAGCAAUCAGACCUACCAGACAAGCUCUUGAAUGACCUGAUGUAACAUUUUCUCUGAGCAGAAUUUGGAUAGAAGACCUCUAGAGACCCUGACCAACCUACACUAUUCUAUAAAAUCCACUGCAGGAAGGCUCGCAAAAGGGAUUGUGCUGAAGUAGCUCCCAUCGGGAAUCCAGUGCGCUGCAGGCCCUGUGCUGUUCCUUGCUGACUGCAGGUUUUGUAACCACUUCUCCGGUAAUGAAGAACAAACAUUUCAAAGUUCUCAAGUGGUCCAAGUGUUGCCACUCAAGCAGAGAAUAUCCUCUGAAUAGUUUACAGAAGGUGGAGGAGACGCCUACCCAGCAGCACCGCAGAGCUCUGCACAAAUACCUGAACUGAGCUGCAAACCAGGAGGAGCAGAGCAGGCUGCAGAGGAUGUCCACCCGCGUUUGUAAAGCUCAGGAGAAGCUGCAGAUCUCACUCCUGGUUGUUUUCUGCCCUAUGAGCGUUCCAGCCAGUGAAAGAGGCGUUCCAGUGAUGCCACUGUGUUUUGAAAUGCUUAGGAAAGAAGAGAUUCCCUCUCCUUUUUUCCAGCUGUUAGGAAGUCAUUCUGCUUUUCACAACAUGCAGAGCCACAUCUUGCUUAUUUUAAGUGUUGAAAUUUGUUGCUGCACAACAUGACUUUAACCUACAGAACUAACUAACCCACUCACACGAGCAGCUCAUUUCAGAUAAACAGGCUUGGAAGUCUUUGCAGGCCGUUCUGUGGAAGGGUUCAGGCUGACUUACCUCUGAUGCUUUUUUCCUUUGUCUCCUAUUUGUAUGUAGUUUACAAACCUUAAAAUAAAUAACAGCUGUCUUGGAAAUACUAACAGACACAGAACGACAGCACCAGCA